UGGCAGCUCAGAACGAGUGUCAGGUCCUGAAGCUCCUCAACCAUCCUAAUAUCAUAGAGUACUAUGAGAACUUCCUGGAAGACAAGGCCCUCAUGAUAGCCAUGGAGUAUGCACCGGUGCUGUAGGGCUCCAUACCUCUUCUCGUUCCCAUGUCAGGCCGAAUGAGAACAUCAAUAAGAACAAUAUCAGUGUGUGUGGUGGUGUUAUGAGGGACAGUGCGAUCAGGUGGAACCUUGGCUGAUUACAUACAGAAGCGCUGUAACUCUCUGCUGGACGAGGACACCAUCCUUCACUUCUUUGUACAGAUCUUGCUCGCCCUGUACCACGUCCACAACAAACUUAUCUUGCACAGAGACCUUAAGACACAGAAUAUUCUUCUGGACAAGCACCAGAUGAUCGUCAAAAUUGGCGACUUUGGCAUUUCCAAGAUCCUUGUCAGCAAGAGCAAAGCUUACACGGUGGUUGGGACGCCAUGCUACAUCUCUCCUGAGCUGUGCGAAGGAAAGCCAUAUAACCAGAAGAGUGAUAUCUGGGCUUUGGGCUGUGUGCUCUAUGAGCUGGCGAGCCUUAAAAGAGCCUUCGAGGCUGCUAAUCUACCCGCCCUCGUUCUAAAGAUCAUGAGCGGGACGUUCGCUCCGAUUUCAGACCGAUACAGCCCCGAACUCCGACAGCUCAUCCUCAACAUGCUCAAUCUGGAUCCAUCCAAACGGCCUCAACUCAAUGAAAUAAUGGCUCUUCCGAUAUGCAUCAGGCCUCUGCUUAACCUCUACACAGAUAUAGGCAAUGUCAAAAUGCGCAGGAUUGAGAAACCGCUGUCGACCAUGCAAACUGGACCUCAAGGUAGACCGGGAGGAAGAGUUCCUACCAACAGGUCCAGAGACGGAUCAGUCGGCCUAGGAUCGGGGAAGGUGCAUUCCCUCCCGCUGUCCUCGGUGUACACGUGGGGAAGUGGAAUCUCAGCGCCUCUCCGCCUGCCGAUGCUCAACACCGAGGUGCUGCAGGUGUCUCUGGGCCGCACUCAGAAGAUGGGGGUGACCAAGUCAGGCCGUUUGAUUACAUGGGAGGCUCCAUCAGUGGGUUCUGGUGAUGCCAGUCUGCCCGGUGUGGUGGAGCAGAUGCAGCCUCAGUUCAUUUCACGUUUCCUGGAGGGUCAGUCUGGAGUCACCAUCAAGUCCGUGUCCUGUGGCGAUCUUUUUACCACCUGCAUGACAGACAGGGGCAUUAUCAUGACGUUUGGGAGUGGGAGCAACGGCUGUCUAGGACACGGUAACUUCAACGACGUAACUCAGCCCAAAAUCGUUGAGGCGCUCCUCGGCUAUGAGCUGGUUCAGGUGUCAUGCGGUGCUUCCCACGUCCUCGCUGUGACCAACGAAAGAGAAGUAUUUGCCUGGGGAAGAGGAGACAAUGGUCGCCUCGGGCUAGGCACCCAAGACACCCACAACUCUCCACAGCAGGUGUGUUUACCUGUGGAAUUUGAGGCCCAGAGGGUGGUGUGUGGAGUCGACUGCUCAAUGAUUAUCAGCACCCAGUACAGCAUUAUGGCAUGUGGAAGCAACAGAUUCAACAAGCUCGGGCUGGAUAAAACAGCUGGAGAGGAACCAAAUCCCUCGAAUCAGGUGGAAGAAGUUUAUUCUUACACUCCUGUUCAGUCAGCCCCGCUCAACAGUGAGAAGAUAGUUUACAUUGACAUUGGGACGGCCCACUCUGUUGCUGUUACAGAAAGGGGUCAGUGUUUUACCUUCGGCAGCAACCAGCAUGGCCAGAUGGGCUGUAGUUCACGUCGUAGCAGUCGCGUGCCCUACCCGGUGCCCGGGCUGCAAGGCAUCACCAUGGCUGCCUGUGGAGACGCUUUCACCUUAGCUAUUGGAUCUGACGGGGAGGUGUACACCUGGGGAAAGGGGGCCCGUGGCCGCCUCGGAAGGAAAGAGGAGGAUUCUGGGAUACCGAAGGUGGUGCAGCUCGACGAGAGUCACCCGUUCGCGGUGACAUCAGUGGCUUGUUGUCAUGGCAACACCCUGCUGGCAGUGAAACAUGAAAGACAGACCAAAACUCGAGACAAGCUCCUCUUGAUAACGUCGACAGAGACGCAUGUUUUCCCAUGCGGGACAGUGAAAGGAGUCAUUUGUAAGUUUGAAAGCUCACAGGCUAAAAGACUAAGCUCUGUUUACAUUAACAAACUGUAAUAGUUCAGUCUAGCUGAACUGAACUGAGUGACAUGGCGACAGAAAGCAACACUCUGUUCCUCCCAGCAGUGACGGUGCAAAAGCCGCAGAUUGGAAUGAAAACUGAAGAACAGUGAAGGUGGGAUUAAAUCGAAAAUAGCUGCAGAUUUAGAGAAGAUUAAACUGCAUCACAUUUAAUAAGUAACAGAGAUGUUGGUAAUCCUGGAUACAGGCCACAGAGCUGCUGUUUACAUGUUUUUACCUGCAUCAUGUGACAAGGACAACGUGGACCAACACUCGUAGAGGUCAAAAGCAGGGUCGACUCUGUAAUACUGAUCAGACCAGACCAGGAACUGAUAGAACAGUGGAGAUCACGAAGGGCUUUACUCGAGGAACCUGUCCCGAGAUGAUUUUGUCCUGAAAAAAAACAAAAAACGAACCCACUUCAACGUAGAUCAUGAAGCCCGUCGGCGGCGUGAGGUGAAGGACAGCUUCCUCUGAAUAACUCCUCCCAGAGGCCCAUCUGUGCUGCAGUGUGAAAGAUUCCCUUUCACACUGCAGCUGCGGCCUCAGAUUUUCACUUGGUCUUCCUCUCUAUCUUUUUUUUAAUGUUGUUGUUGUAUGUUUUUCCUCCAGGAAUGAAUGUUUGUUUCAUUCUGUGGUUUGAUAUCACGGAGCGAAGCGCAAAGAUAGAGAGGAAAAAAAAAAGGUCAAACCCUGUGUUGUUGCAGCAGGUGUAUCUCAACAACCGGUUCCUCAAAGAAAUGUUGCAACGCGGUUUCUGAAUGUGGAUUACAGGAAGUCAUUCAGCAGCUUUCAUGUGGUGAACUAUUGUCCUCUCUCACGUGCACGGUUAGUAUGAUAAAGACCAGUAAAAGUCAAACUGGUUUGAGCUCUCUUAAGCUGCUUGCUGAACGAUGAUACAAUGAACAGAAACGAAAAGGGCUGAAAGCCACUUGAGUGUUUCGUAAGUCAAAUCAACCAAACGAAGCAAACACAUUCAUCUCGAUCACGUCGUCAGCGGUCACAUUGUGUUUUAUUGGAUUACUCCUCCAGUUCAUUUGUGACUCAACGGCAGAGUUCAAACCAGAUAACGACGUGUUCGUUGUCAAGGGUUCAACUGAGCAUCUUUAAGACUUAAUGACUGACUCUGAGCUCUCACUGCUCCCUGUAUAUAAUAUAUAAUACUCUAGUGCUUUAUAGCGAGCAGUAAAAUGAGCUCCUAGACAGGUAUGAAUCAUCAUACCUUCUUUAUUACAUGUGACAGGUUGCAUUGUGGGGCUGUUAGCAGAGAGUAGUGUACAUAACGUGGAGAGUAUUGUUUUGUUCCAUUGUACGAAACCUUGAGGGCAUAAAUAUAAAGACAUUAUAGAGAGUGUGUCACCUUGUCAUGUCACACUCUGACACUUUGGACACUCACAGAAAACGAUGGAGUGAUUUCAGAUAUAAUCUUUAUACGUUUUUUAAGCUUAUGUGUUGUAACUUGCUGUAAAUAUGUUUUAUAUUUUAUAUGAGAUGAUGGUAUACAUAUACAGUAUACUGUGUAUUCAUAGGAUGCCAAAGAAGGAGACAAAAUGUCAGUGGUGCAAGAGGUACUCAGUACUCAGCAUCUCGAUAUACUUAAAGUGUCAUUACAGGAUAAUAUAUUUUAUAUUAAUGGAUUAUAGUUAUUGAUGCAUUAAAGUUUAAACAGCUGGUAAAGCUGGAGCUAAUUUUAAUGACCGUAUAUACUGCCACGCAUCUUAAUCUGUAGUGGACGUUUUAUCAGAGGCUUCAAGUGCCUUGGCCUCUGAGUCUGCAGAGUGUGUCUUAUUUUGACUCGUGUCCAUAAACUUCAUUCAGUCUUCUUGUGAAAACCAAAUGUAAACACGACGCGACGAGAAAGAGAAACUUGAACGCCGAUUUAUUUAAAUAUAAACAACUUAAAGCAUCGUAAAAGAUCAAAAAUGUGUCAUAUAUCUCAACCCAGUCCUUCACCGACUUGAUACUGGUUUGCACGGUCAAAUCUCAGCUGACUUCUUACCAUAUCAUAUCACCAUGUUUACCUUUUUCUGUGCCCGUGUGCAAUCUGCCUCACAACAUUUCCAAACCUGUCAUAAGCUGCAACAAACUGUACAAAACAGCACACCAGCAACUAGAAACAUAGCCUCGGCUUCAUCCACCAUGAAUAUAAAUAACAUGUCAUAACAACCAAAUGAAGGUAUGUGACUGAAGCGUCUGUCUGUGUCUGACCCGUCCCUGAUUGCUUUCACCUGUGUCAUUAGUUUCACCUGUUGUCCUACCCGGUUAAUCACUUCCUGGGUGUGUCUGAAGCUUACCUGUUGUCAUGACUAAAAAAGCUGGUUAUGUUUAAGUUGCCUUGUGUCAGUGUUGUCUUGUGGUUUCCUGUUUUAUUUUGUAAUUUUCCCCUCCUCUUGUUUCAGAUAACUUGCCCCUUCCCCUGCUGUGUUUCCUACCUGUCUGAUUGUCUUCCCCGCCCUGAUUGUUUCCCCCUGUUCCCUAUUACCAUGUGUAUAUAUUGUCUGCGUCUCCCUUUGUCUGUUGCCAGUUCGUCUUGUCUGUCGUAUCUGUGAACCAGCUCCCUGCCAUAGUCAAGUCAAGUUCUUUUCGACUUUUGAUCCUUGCUCGUGCCUUGUCAGGUUUUUGUAUAUUUCUUUGCUACUUUGUCAAGUCUUUGGACUUCUUGGAUUUUUCCCUCGAAAUUGUUCUUUAGAUUAUAUAGCGUUUUUCUUCCAGUGAGUGAUUUUCUGUUGUACUUUCAUAAUAAAAGAUUUUGUUUAUUUCACACUUUGUCUCCCGAGUCGUGCGUUUGGGUUCAAGCCGUGACACCUGUGCUCCUGCCUCUCGUCCUGGUUUUGUUCUUAGUUCUAGAUUUUGGUUAUUAUAUUUUUCCUGUUUGUAUUUUUUCCGGCUAAUAAGUGAUUUAAAGUGUUUUUCCGUGCACAUACCUGGUCGCCUUACCUCUCUGUCUGCAUUUGGGUCCACUCCACUCUGUGACAGGAGUAGAAGUAUGAAGUAUCAUUACAUGGAAACACCUCAAACUUGCUGUAUUUGCGUGAAUGUACCUCAUCACUUUCCACCACUGGUGCUUUCAUAGUACAUAAUGUAUUUUUAUAUUCUGAGUUACUUUGAUGUUUUCUACUUUUAAAGGUUUUAUUAUGAUUUUAAAAAAUGAUGAAGAAGAUCUGUACAGGUGACUGAAAUGAACGUGUAACAGAUCCUGUGAUAAACUUCAUGUUAUAUGAUGAAAAUCUGUUACAUCGGUCUGUUUUGUCAGAGAACUUAAUGCUUGUGGUGGCUGAUGGACUUCUGGAAACAAAAAAACAAUAAACAU